AUGGCUCUUCGGUGUCCUAUGGCUGUGGGCCUCAACAUGGGCCACAAGGUAACCAAGAAGGUGAGCAAGCCCAGGCACAGCCACCGCUGCAGGUAUCUGACCAAACACACCAAGUUCGUGUGGGACACGGUGCGGGAGGUGUGUGGCUUUGCCCUGUAUGAGUGGCGUGCCAUGGAGUUGCUGAAGGUCUCCAAGGACAAACGGGCCCUCGAGUUCAUCAAGAAAAGGGUGGGGACACACAUCUGGGCCAAGAGGAAGCGGGAGGAGCUGAGCCAUGUCCUGGCCGCCAUGAGGAAAGCUGCUGCCGAGAAAGACUGAGCUCCCUCCCCUGCUGUCUCCCUGAAAUAA